GUGCGGUGCCCCCAGCUUCCGCGAGCGAGAUCUGGCACUUUGGGCGUUCUCUAAGAUGGGGCCAUGAGCCCCAGCACGGAACAGGCGUGUACAGAGGCAGAUACGUGCCAGGAGAGCGAGGAAAGCUCCCGUGCUGCAGAGAAAGGGAAGACAACAAGCUGGGUGGAUUUGAGAGAUUAUGGCAUCUGAAGCUCACAAUGUUAAAAACCAGAAACUAUUGCAUAUCGAAGGUCAUCCCAUUGAUCUCCGCAGAAAAGGAAUCUCUUCUUCCACUAAAAAGAUCAUGAAGGAGGGUAAGAAAUCUCCAAAACAGCUGGCUUCAUACACAAACAGAAUAACGGUUGGAAAAACGGUGACCAGUCCCCUCUCUCUUUUCAAAGUGGUAUAUUGUAAAAGAAAAGUUCAUUGUUAUACUCCAAAGCCUUGUUACAGAAAGAAACUGUGCCCUAAAUCUAGGGGCCGUGACAUGGCAAAUAAAGAAAAUGAACUGGCUUGUGCAGGGAAUCUGCCAACAAAACUUCACAACAGUCGUACACACUUGCUAAAUUCUAGUGACUCUGGCUCAUCUCAAACAGAAGGCCCCUCCUCCAAAUACAGUGGAUUUUUUUCAGAGGUUUCUCAGGACCAUGAAACUAUGGCUCAAGUUCUUUUCAGCAGGAAUCUGAGGCUGAAUGUAGCUUUAACCUUCUGGAGAAGGAGAAGUAUAAGUGAACUGGUAGCCUACUUAGUGAGGAUACAAGAUCUUGGAGUAGUAGUAGACUGCCUUCCUGUUCUUACAAACAGUUUACAGGAAGAAAAAGCAUAUGUUUCAGUUGGCUGCUGUGUAGAUCUUUUGCCUUUAGUGAAGUCUCUGCUUAAAAGCAAAUACGAAGAAUAUGUGAUAGUUGGUUUAAACUGGCUUCAGGCUGUCAUUAAAAGAUGGUGGUCAGAACUAUCUGCACAUACAGAAAAGGCAGAGGAUGGGAAUAUUCAUAUUUUAAAACAACAGCUGAGUGUUUUAUGGGAACAGGAGAAUCAUCUUACUAUGGUUCCAGGAUAUACUGGUAGUAUAGCUAAGGAUGUAAAUGCUUAUUUAUUACAGCUACACUGACAUGAUUGAGAAACUAUGUGUGCUCAUGUGGUGAAACAAUCCCCUAAAGUAUCCCUGAAAUACGUACAGAAAGCCUUUUGAGAAAUACUGGCAGAAGAGAACUGAACUGUCAAGCUGUUUAAUGAAACCACUAACAAAAUCCUAGCAAUCUACUUCACAUUGAAGUGGAAAAAUGUCUAGUAGGAGCAACUUUUACUUCAGUGAGGUGAAAGUGCGCUAUGAAAACUGUAUGCCUUUGCUGCAUUUGGGAUUCACUCAAUUACUAGGUAUUCAUUUAAAUGCUACUGUAUUUUCCUACAACAUCGCAUAAAAGAAGAUGAAUUAUACUGUCAUGAAGGCAAGACAGCAGAACCAGUUAUAAGGAACCAACAAAAGCAAUCAGCAUUAAGAGCUUUUAAAUGUCUCUUUCACAAGAGAACUCCAAAAUGCACAACUAUCUUCCAAUUACAUUAAAAAAACCCCAUCUUUGGGAUAUUCAGUUACUUCUAUGUUUUAAUCAAAUUAUUAAAGACAGUUUUUGUUUGCACUAAAUAGAAACUAUACAGCAAAGAUGCCUUAAUUACUAGUGUUUUGAAAAGCCAAUGUGUUAAGAUGCAAAUAGCUAUUAUGUUCAUGAUUGUGAUGAAAAAUGACAAAAAUCAGGGUUUCACAUUGUGUAGUUAAUGAAAUAUUGCACAUAUACAAAGAUUCAUGUAUGAAAAAAUAUUAUAAAUACCUGAAGUUAAGCUUGGAUAAACAGUUAUUGCAAAUGUCAGCAGAAUGGUGAAUUUAUGUCUAACAAAUGUUUUUAUAUUGUAUGUGGAUUUCUAACACAGUAAUCUUGUUCUGUAUCAUUUAAACUACAUGCAAAUAAGUAAAUAUAUUAAAUAUAUCUACUGUUUUUUCUUUUCAAGUUCAAAAAAUACCAAUUUCUAGAAUCUGUUCCGCAGUACUUUUUAUCAUAGAUAUUUAUGUCUAUUGUUUGAAAUGUUUACAGCCAGGUGAGGCCAUGUUAUUCAGAUCACAUCCUUUUUAUACUACCUCCUUUAAGAAACUGACAAAGAGCUUUUGCAAAAUUAAGUUCUAGCCUGAUCAGUAAUGGCAAAUUUAUACCAACAAUAGCAUUGAGAAUACAGCUAUAAGUUCUUUUGCUGUCAUAUUGCUAUGCUGUUCUAUUUUAAUUUAAAAGCUAUACCUUAAUAGCUCUGAGGGAGUCUUGAUUUUAGGCUUGCUGUUGCCUUUUUUAAUUUUGUGAUUAGAAAGAAUGCUUUUUCAAUUAAAACUUAUGAAGUGCCAGCUCUUUACUUAAAACACAGAUAUACAUGCACAGCAUGUAUGACCAAAUCUACUUUCUUAGAAAACUAAGUACUUACAAGGGUUGUUCUCAUACCUAGCAUUAAGCAUGUGCACUUUUAUUGCUGUGCAGGAGAAAAGUCUUUUGAUAGCCCCAAGUGGUUUUUGCUUUACAGAUUAAAUAAAUGAAUUUUAAAGUCCUGUAGUGGUCAACAACUUUAGACCUCCUGAUGCUUCAUUUUGUAUUUAGUUUACAUAUUGUUAUUGCUGACUUCUAACGGCCAAGUAGAAAUGUCAUCAGAACUUGGUGCUUUUGGUUAUUUGAAUAUCCAAAGGUUUCGCACUUCCCAGGGCAGUCAGUUAACAGAGAAAAGUUUCUGGGACAUCCCAAACUCGAUAACUUUGUGGGACAAUCUGGAGACAUGCACACAGCCAAAUUAUUUUUGCUAGUUAUCAUUAGAGAUAUUUCAUGCUCAAAAGAGUUUGAGAUAGAACUUUUCAAAUGUUCUUGCUGUCAGUUAAAAAUUUAAAGAAACUACAGUAUGACAACAUUCUUGUAUUACUUUACUGUUCUGUUGACCAAUUAAAUGUAAAAGUAACAUAGAGUCUAGCUUCAUAAUUUGGGUAGCAAUUGCUGAAGCUCUUAGAUUAUUCCUCAAGGAGAAUACUGUAAAGGUAAUGGAAACUCAGAUCUUUUCUCUUGUGGUGUUUUUAAUGGACAAAAUGAAGUAAGUCAAGGCCAUUUACUUCUGAUAAUAGAAGUAAUAGUUGUAAUUGAUUAAAGGGAUACCCUAGUACUUAAAAAACUGGCUUGACUGUAGAUGUAAAUACGUGGACUUUUAAUGAAUUCUUGUAUGUGGUCAUGGAGUUACCAAAUCAUAACUGUGGAUGGUGCUUUUGUUCUAGAGGCAAGGUAAGAUUGACUUGAGGAUUGUUAUUGAGAAAUUACUAAUAAAAUAGUGCAUUCUUUUUAACUGCCAAAAGUUGUAUUUUGACAGCAUCAAUAAUACAGUAUUAAACAUUGUCAGUAUCUGUGCCUUAUUUUAAAUGAAUUUUCUUACUGUUUUCAGGCAGCUACUAGACUGUAAGAACAGGAUUCCGAUGUCUCCGUUACGAAAUUAUUUUUGUGUCAUGAUCUUAAUUUAAACUAUUCACACUAUAUUCAGGCUCAGCUUCUUGUAUUCUCUUUAGUUCUCAAAUGGCUAGGAAUCAGUUUUGCUGUUACAGAAUGUACAAGUGUAAUAUCUGGUCAAAGGACAUGAGUAAAAUGUCUUACUAGCUGUAUAACUCCAUUAAUUCCAUAUAGUUGUCUCAGUGAAUCCAAGAAUUAAGUUUAUGAACUAUCAUAUGCAUAAGUGCUAUCAUGUGAUACUUUCUGAAAAUGCUGUUUCUAGGAUAUGUCUUAAGAAUCAAGCAGAAUUAAUCCUUUUCCUAUAUGUUCUUGUUAUGCAGAAGCACUUAUGUACUUGAGGAUGAAGGAUUCCUCCACAAAGCUGUUCAUGUUAUACUAUUUGAUAAGAAACUAAUAUCUUUGAAAAACAGUGUGUCUUUUGCCUCAAUGUCCCCUGAAAAUACUUAAGGCUGUAUUGCUUAAAGAGUACUUAUUUGAAGUGUGACCUAGGACUUACCCAUUCCCUAAACUGAAACUGAAGAAUCCUUCUGGCAAUCUUUCUCUUUCUGCAGAGUUAAGGAAAAAGAAAAUCCAGUGUUUUGUAACUAAGAGUCAAAGUUUAGGUAUUGCUUAGAGCUUGCUGAAGAGUGGAGAUAGAAAAAGCUACCCCAUUAAUUAGCUGGAUAAGAAGUUAGCAUGUCUUAAUGAUUAUGUAUGUCUCAGUUUUGAAGGAGUUACACCUAUUUCUCAGUAAAGAGUACUCAUAUCACACAGGUACUGCUACUUAAUAGUGCUUACAGAUUGUUGCUGGUAUUAAAAAAAUUAGCAUUAGCCUCCAGCAGCUUACCUUCUGCAGUGAGAUAUAAAUAAAAUGAUCUCUCCCUUCCUGUAGGCUGCUUUAUUGUUAUCACAGUUUUAACACUUGAGGUGCAGGGGGGCUGGGAGAAUAGGAAAGGACAAAAAAGUACACAUGUGCUGUGUAGAGGGACAUCAGCCCCACUGCGUUAUACCAUAAUGUAAAGCAGGCUGUGUUUUCACUGUCUGGCAUCUGAAGCAGGCAAGUUUGGAGUUAGAAGUCUUUACACAUUUUGCAUUGAAGAGAGAAAGGUUUUGAAGAUGGAUGCUAUAGUGCUAAUUUGUGAUGUGUUGAUUCUUUUUUUUUCUUGAAUGAGUGGACAUUUUUGUGUGUAGAAACUUGAAAGUAUCUAAGCUUACAUUUUGAAUUAGCAAAUGGUUGCUUUUGCCAGUUCAUCUUGCCAGAUCUUCCAGUUUUACAGAAGACUGAACAUCUGUCUAAGUGUGGAGAUUUGCAGCUAUAUUUUGUGCUGAGUUUUCUGGUACAAAGUGAAACAGGUGUUUCAUAGUCAACUAUUUCAGAAUACAAAACCAUGCAAAUCAUCCUACUGGUGUGAAGUUAUUCCAACUUUUCACAAUGCAAAUGUUUAAUUUUGUGAAAGCAGUUGAUUCUUAUGUAAGGAACUUUAUAUUGAGUUGAUGCUGCAUUAGAGGAGGAAAAAAAAAUGAAGCCAUUUUUAAUAGCCUUUGUAAAAGCCAGACAGCGUAGUCUAAUUUUUCUCUUCAGUCUACUAUCCUACACACAGUAAUCAUUGUAGGCUACAGAUAAACAUUCACAGAGAAAAUAGAUUGAGCAUGCUUGUGUUUUUAAUGCUUAUAUUAUCCUUCCUUAGACAAUUUAUGUUUAGUCUAUGAGUUAAAUGGCUUGGUGUGUCUCAGAAGGAGACUAAAUGCAAGUGUUUUUCUCUCUGCUUCCACAUUUGUUCUUCAAGUCUUAAUGAAGUUAUUUAUUCCUCUUUAGUUUAAAUAUCCUUUGAGUGUCUAUUUUUAGAAGGGGGGGAGGGGAGGAUGAGAACUCUAGACAAAACACGGGGCUAACUAUUUAACAAGAUUCAUUUUGAAGCAAUUGUGAAAACUUUUCAUCUCUAAAACUUUUCACACAAAUUUUGUUAAUAGCUACUAAUUGAAGUGGGCACUCACAGAUGCAAGUUUGACUUUGAACCUUGUUGGAAAAAAAUAAAGUGUUUUCAUUCUAAAUAACCA